UGGCAUAACUUGGAUAGUGUUAGCACAUACCAUGUUUUGUUAACCUCUGCAUAGCUAUAUAUAUCACUAUCUUGCGAGAUUUGUGAAGUAUUAUUAAUGCUAUCGUUCUAAUCGUCGUAUGUUAUGGCUACCACUUGUGUACUUGAUUUCUCUUGUACCUUGAUGAUAUCUAUGUCAUGCUCAUGUUAUUCUGUUGCAAUUCAAAAGUUUCUUUAGUGCACUAAUGUUGGAUUUUCAUAUCCUUCUGUGUACUAAUCAAAUUCUUGUUCAUCAACAGGAUGGCGCGCCCUCCUCCACCACCACCACCUCCUCCACCUGAGAUGGGCCAGGCAAUGCUCCAGAUGACUCAGUUGCUUGCACAGAUGCAGCAGCAUCAACAUAAUGUCGAUCAAGCAAAUCAUCAGGGCAAUGGUCGAGUGAUGAUACGGGACUUCUUGCAGCUAAACCCUCGCACUUUUGAUGCUACUCCUCAGCCUUUGGAUGCGGAUGAUUGGGUACGCGAUGUGAAUCGCAUGCUCAACACAGCUGGAGUGGCCCCUGAAGAUAAGGUAAAGUAUGCAACCCACUUGCUGAAAGGAGGGUCCGCAGCUUGGUGGGAUCAGUAUCAGGAGAUGAGAGAUGGUGCUGAUGUCAGUUGGGACCAGUUUGUGGAGGCUUUUCGGAGUCAUCACAUCUCAGAUGGCAUUAUGGAGCGCAUGAAAGAAAAGUUCUGUCAGCUUGUGCAGGGCAACAAUGAUGUGAUCACCUAUAGCUCACAGUUCACAGAUCUGGCUCGCUAUGCCGGCGAUGAGUCAUCAACUGAUGCAAAGAAGCAGAAGAGAUUCCGCAGUGGCCUCAAACCUUCUCUCAGAUAUGCAUUGACUCAUGUGCCGGCCAGGACUUUCGAUGAGCUAGUGAACAAUGCAGUCAAGGAAGAGACAGGAAGACUUGCGUUUGAGGAAUCGCGUAAGCAUUCUCGAGAUGUUGGUGGUCCUUCUGCACCGACACCGAAGAGGAGGUUGUGGGUCCCUUAUCCCACAGCUCCAGGAGCUUACCGCAUGCCAGCAGGGUAUGGUCCUCACCCUCCAGCUCCUCGCCCGCCAGCUCCUCGUCCAGCUUUUAGAGUCUCUCAGCCUCUGCCGAGGCCGCCACUUCCAGGACCUCCGAGACCGCCGGCUCCUCGCCCUGGUACCACGUGCUACAAGUGUGGGCAAGCUGGACACAUCUCCACCUUUUGCACUCAGAAGCUGCCGCCACCACCACCUCGCUUGACUCCGACACAUGCGAUGGUGCGUGCUCCUUCUCCGAACCGUGGCUUCUACCCCAACAACAAGCCAGGUUCCAAGACUGCUCACCUCCACAACAUCAGCAUUGAGCAAGCUCAGCAGUCCGAGGACGUCGUUCUUGGUACUUUACCGGUGCAAAAUUUUGCUGAUAUGCAUGGUUUAUCUCUGGAGAGUUUGCCUAGUUGCAUCAUGGUUCAGUCCCCUGGUUCUCAAAUGAUGUCUUCCAAGAUAAGUCAUGGGAACCAAAUUGAAAUUGGGAAUCAUACCUUCGUUGCCUCUUUGAUAGCUCUUGCAAGGUCAAACAUUGAUGUCAUCCUUGGUAUGGAUUGGUUGAAAAUCAACAAGGCUGUCAUUGAUUGUGCUAAUCACACGGUGACUCUUCCAACUCCAACCGGCCACAUAGUCUAUUCACCGACUCAGUCUCCUUCUGUUCAGCUAUACUCUUUGAAUGGCAAUCAUCUACCGGAGCUUGAACUUGUGCCAGUUGUCUGUGACUUCCCAGAUGUCUUUCCAGAAGAGCUCCCAGGUAUGCCACCUGACAGGGCAGUCGAGUUUGUCAUCGAGCUUGAACCUGGAACGGCUCCUAUCUCCAAGCGUCCUUACAAGAUGGGCCCAAAUGAGUUGCUUGAACUCAAGAAGCAGUUGGAUGAAUUGGAGAAGCUUGGAUUCUUUCAGCCCAACACUUCUGCUUGGGGUUGUCCCACCAUCUUUGUCAAGAAGAAGGAUAAAACUGAUCGUUGGAUUUGA